AAUUUGACAGCAAUAUCUAUCUGCAGAUCUGUCAUACACGAACACCUCGUCAAAUCAAAUAUGUACAGUAUACCAAAGAGUAUAGUACAGGUAUAUGUACUUAGCCAGAGUUGAUUGAUUAAUGUUUAUGUUAAUACGGAUACCAGAAAAGCCCAGUCCCUGGUAAACUAAUUAUAUUUGCUUUUAAAAGGGAUCAGCUACUUAAACUUUCAAUCACUCUAGGCAGAUGCUUGCAGGAAACAAUAGAGGAAGUCAAGAGAAUCUCUUAUCGGAUUACAAUAGAGACCCAGGAGUCCCAAAUGGCUAUAACUCGUGUUUACCCAACACUUGGCAGUUCAACACCCGUUGUUGGGAUAGCGCUGGGCCAGAUAAAAUCGAAAAUAAAACUAUAUUUCAGAGAGGAAGCAAAUGGUGGGUAAGAACUUGGAGUAGCAGUACCAUGGCUAAGAUAUUGAAAGAAAUCUAUGCAUUCCGACAAACAAUUAUCAUCAUCGUUCUACCUUUGAUUGCGUCCAUCUUACCAAUAGUUUACCGAGAUGGGCCUUCAAAGGGAGGAUUUGUGGUGAUAGUAAUGGCUGGGUACUGGAUGACAGAGUCCCUGCCAUUAGCUGUCACUGCCAUCCUACCUGUCAUCUUGUUUCCGAUGCUGGGGGUCCAGGAAUCGGACGACGUCUGUCGUAACUACCUCAAAGAUACCAACUUUCUGUUCGUUGGUGGUCUCAUUAUGGCAAUCGCUAUAGAAACCUGGAAUCUACAUCGUCGUAUUGCUCUACGAAUCCUACUGCUGGUUGGAUCAGAACCGAGAUGGUUGAUGCUUGGUUUUAUGAUCUGUACUGGCUUUCUGUCCAUGUGGAUCAGUAACACUGCUACUACUGCUAUGAUGAUACCUAUAGCCCAGGCAGUGCUUAAUGAAAUCCUAAAGCAAAGGGCCUUGGCUAGGAAGAAGACCUUCACAAAUGAAAGUUUUGAGAUAUGUGAAGAUACUGAAUACAUAAAAAGUGAAAAUCACUCACAGAAGAUAAGUAUACCCACUGAGAUGGACAAUACCAAAGAGGAAUUGGCUGAUGUUGUAACAACUAGCGUUGAUGACAUUAGUUUGACUGCAGAUGGUGUAGAAGCUGGAAAUAAUGAAGAGGAACAGUCUGAUGAAGUGAAGGUUGAUUUUACUGACCUUUGCCCUGAAGACAAGGCCUUAAGCAAAGCCUUGCUUCUCUGUAUACCGUAUGCGGCCAAUGUAGGUGGCACUGCGACCAUUACAGGAACAGGGCCUAACCUUGUUGGUCAGUCUGUCAUUGAUGAUCUGUAUGGCAAUGAUGCUAACGUAACCUUUGCCACAUGGUUGGCGUACUGUCUGCCUGGAAUGAUAAUUCUUCAAAUCUUAGCCUGGUUGUGGUUACAAUUCUUGUUCAUUGGUUUCAGAGGUUGUGGAAAGGAGUGUGGUGAAUGUUUUCGUUGUCGCUGUAAUUCUGGAGAAGAGAGUAAGGCUGCUCAAUUAGUUAUCAAGAAACAGUACGAUGAACUAGGACCUAUUACGUGGGCAGAGGGCGCAGUGUUUGGUCAUUUUUUAUUACUGGUACUACUGUGGCUAUUCCGUGAGCCAUCUUUUAUACCAGGUUUUGGCGGAUGGUCUGUUAUCUUUCCUGAGCCAGAGUACAUAACGGAUGCCACAGCAGCAAUUUUUGUUUCAUUCCUUCUCUAUGUAUUCCCUUCAGAAGUUCCCAAUUUUCUUUGCUGUAGAAGGAAAGAUGAUGACUCCCCAGUAGGACCGAGGAAAGCCCUCCUUGACUGGAAGAUUACCCAGAAAAAGAUGGCCUGGAAUAUUGUAUUUCUCCUUGGUGGGGGGUUUGCAUUAGCUGAUGGAUGUGAGAAAUCGGGGCUGAGUGCCUGGAUGGGUGAAAAGUUUGAGAGCCUUGACAGCAUACCUCCCUGGACACUGCUCCUUAUCAUCACUGUGAUUAUUGCUCUUUUCACCGAGUUCUCCAGCAAUGUAUCCACAGCUUCCAUAUUUGCACCUAUCUUAGCUCAACUGGCUGAAGCCUUGUGUAUCAACCCAUUGUACUUGGUGAUCCCAUCAAUUCUUGCAUGCUCGUUGGCCUUUAUGCUUCCAGUGGCCACACCUCCUAACGCAAUAGCGUUUUCAUAUGGCCAACUCAGUAUUCCAGAUAUGGCGAAGGCCGGUGCCAUGAUGAAUAUUAUCGGUAUCCUGGUGGUCAACUUGAUGAUGAACACUUACGGAAUUGUCAUAUAUGAUGCUCGCCAGUUCCCAGAAUGGGCAGCGGAUGAAAACAGUACCUGUCUUGAAGGACCAACUUUCAGCCCGAUAACGGCAGGUAUGUACACUACGCCGUCCAAUGGAACUUGUGUAUGCUGAUCAAGGCAGGUGUCAUCAUCCUGUCAUCACACACCUGCUGGUGUAACAGGUGUCACCUUUUAUACCAAAACAGUUGACUAUGCAGUUACUGUUCAAUGAGGUGCUGCAAGUACAAAGACAGUAAAAAAAAAAAUUAUUGGGGGAAAUAUGUUUUCUUGUAUCUCAAUUUUUAUACUUCACAAUUCUAUGUACUUCUCUCCUUCAAUGUGUAUAAAAAUAAAGUUUGAAGAGGACUUCUAGUCAAGUGAGGUUACUAUUUUAUAUUGUCAAAUUAAUAAAAUUUAAAGACAGUGAACACUGA